AUGGACAGUACGGAGUCAGAACAAGAACGUGGCAUUACUAUGAAGUCAAGCAGUGCCUCCUUGUUUUACAAUCCCGAGAUGAAUCUAGGACGUGGCCUAGUGGUGGCAGACGCCGCAGCCCACCCAAAGUCUUAUCUUAUCAACUUGAUCGAUUCACCAGGGCACGUGGACUUCGCCUCCGACGUUUCAACAGCCGUGCGACUCUGCGAUGGAGCCAUUAUCGUUGUGGAUGUAGUGGAAGGUGUUUGUCCCCAGGUUGGCUCUCGUUCUGUUAGUGCUGCUUCUCCGUCUCCUCCCCCCGCAACGGAUGAGGCCGUGCUGCGUCAAGCCUGGAAUGAGCGCCUUGCUCUUGUUCUUUUGCUGAAUAAGAUUGACCGACUUUUCCUGGAACUGCGGCUCUCUCCGCUUGAAGUCUAUGACCGACUCCUACGAGUUUUAGAACAAGUAAAUUCUGUACUGGCGGAAAUGUUCACAGCCGAUGUUUUGCAGGGAAACUAUGAACAGCCAGGUGCCAAGAAGGAGGCAACCACAUCCGUGGACCAAGGCAAGACCUCCGGCAGCGGUGGCACCUUUACCUGGAGCACAGGACUGGAGCAGACUGACGAUUCCGAC